CAGAAAAAAAAAAACAAAAACAAUCCAUCCAGGCGUCCAUCUUGGAUACUGUAAGCCAACGGCGACUGACAGCAACGGAGAGGGAAAUCGCAAUAAAUUGAGUUCCGACCACUCUAAAAAGUCAACCGAACGCGAACACCGGGGACAAUACAUAUUAAAGGAUUACAUUUAGCGACGUUAUCUGCCAAUUCCGUCUCAUUUUUGGCUUCAUAUUGGCUGAUUAAGUUAUUUCGGAGACUGUAACGUUAACGUUACGUGCUCAGCUUUAUUCUGCCGUCAACAUCUCUUAGUUUAAAACGACUGUUUGUUUCAACGACAUACCUUAGCAGUUCUGGAGAAGCUUUGUGAGGUCGUGAAUUGCAGGUUUGAAUCAUUAACACCAGAAGGUAGUGUGGAUAUAGCGCGUUUGGCCAUAUUUAAGUCCUCCGCUGUCGACUUGAGCUCGCGCGUGCGCGUGACCCCAUUUAUUUCGCUUAUCUAUGAUAUGUAGUACAUAUUUUGUAUUUAAGCAUAAAGCGAAGUGAGCGUGAUGUGGAAACACCGUUUAGGGAUGUUAAUUCCAUUUUUAUCCCCGUAAAUGUGCAUGCAUUUAAUGUACUGCCAUAUACUUCCAAGGUGAUUUGGAGGCAUUGCCCUGCUUACAAUUUUAGUUCCUUUGCAUUAACAAUAAUAUUUUUAUCUAUAUAUUUUAUGGCAGGUUCUAUGCAUCGAUUGUCCAGUUGUGCUGAUCACUGGGUAUGGGAGCUGGCCCAUUUGCUGAACGAGUUUAUUGAACGAGCUCGGUUAUUCUAAACGCGCGGCGGGGCAACAUUUGUGUAGAUACAGUAUUCGUACGCAUUGGAAUUUCCUCGUUAUUGCUAUGGGUUUUUAAAGCGAACUGCAUGGACAGUCAUAGAUCACUUUUUUCUAAAAGCUCGUCUGCUUUGAAUAAACUACCAUCAGUGGACACCGCAGUGUAAAGCCAUUUCUAAAUCGCCGAGGACUAUAAGCUGGCAUUGGAUUUUUGCACUGCCAUAUAUCACUGACUCGGUGACAUGGUUGUGUUUCACUGACUGCUGAUCAGUGGAUCGAGGAGAAACUUGAAUGCAAAGACUUUUGGAUUUUUUAGGACAAUAUUUUUUUUGUUUUGUUUUGUUUUUGAAAAAAUGGGACCUGCAACAAAGCUGGCUUUUGGAGUGUUCCUCAUUUCCUGCUCCUCAGGUGCCAUUCUUGGCCGAUCAGAGACACAAGAGUGUGUGUUCUACAACUACAACCCCAGUUCGGAGAACCGAGGAAAUCGCAGUGGUAUUGAGUCUUGCGUGGGAGAGAAGGACAAGAGGCUUCAUUGCUUCGCAACUUGGCGAAAUGUGUCAGGAUCGGUUGAAAUAGUAAAGCAAGGCUGCUGGCUUGAUGACGUCAACUGCUAUGACAGCACUGAGUGUGUUGAGAAGAAGGAGGACCCGGAUGUGUUCUUCUGCUGCUGCGAGGGCAACAUGUGCAACGAGAAAUUCUUCUAUAACCCUGACACACAGCCAGUUCAGAGUAAGGCUCCCCUCAGCGACCCGUCAAACAGCAAAGUCUUUAAGGCAACAUCUAACCCCUUCACCCAGAAGCCACCACUGUUCAGUACCCUUCUGUGCUCCAUCGUGCCCAUCAUGGGCAUCACAGCCAUUGUCCUCCUCUCCUUCUGGAUGUAUCGACAUCACAAGCUGGCGUAUCCACCUGUUCUGGUCCCUACCCAGGACCCUGGACCUCUGCCGCCAUCUCCCACCCUGGUCCAGAAACCUCUGCAGUUGUUGGAAAUCAAAGCUAGGGGGCGCUUUGGCUGUGUGUGGAAGGCUCAGCUGCUCAAUGACUAUGUGGCAGUGAAGAUUUUCCCCAUUCAGGACAAGCUGUCAUGGCAGAAUGAGUAUGACAUUUACAAUCUCCCUGGCAUGAGGCAUGAAAACAUUCUGCAGUUCAUCGGGGCAGAGAAGAGAGGAAGUAACCUGGACAUUGAGCUGUGGCUCAUCACAGCUUACCAUGAAAAGGGCUCCCUGACAGACUACCUAAAGGCAAACGUAGUGACGUGGAAUGAGCUGUGUCACAUUGCUCAAACCAUGGCUAGGGGCCUGGCUUACUUGCACUCGGACUUUCCCGGACACAGAGACGGCCACAAACCAGCCAUCGCACACAGAGAUAUUAAGAGCAAGAACGUGCUGCUGAAGUCUAACCUGACGGCCUGUAUUGCUGACUUUGGUCUGGCUUUGAGGUUUGAGGCAGGAAAGUCCGCUGGGGACACACAUGGCCAGGUGGGAACCAGACGUUACAUGGCCCCGGAGGUGUUGGAAGGGGCCAUCAACUUCCAGCGCGAUUCUUUCCUCAGGAUAGACAUGUAUGCGGUGGGACUGGUGCUGUGGGAGCUGGCGGCCCGUUGCACUGCGUCUGAUGGUCCAGUGGACGAGUACAUGCUUCCGUUUGAGGAGGAGGUGGGCCAACACCCCACUCUAGAGGACAUGCAGGAGGUGGUGGUCCACAAAAAGCUCCGGCCCACUCUCAGGGAGUGCUGGCAGAAACAUCCGGGUCUGGCCAUGCUGUGCGAGACUAUAGAGGAGUGUUGGGACCAUGAGGCCGAGGCGCGACUCUCCGCGGGAUGCGUUGAGGAACGCGUGAUCCAAAUGCAGCGGCAGACCAGCGUCUCCGCCCCGGAGGAAAUAGUCACCGUUGUAACAAUGGUGACCAACGUUGACUAUCCCCCUAAGGAGUCCAGCCUAUGACUAGAGGAUAUCAGCAUGUGAAUUGCAGGCUGACCGAACAGAAAAGACGCGUCGGGGAUGGUAGUGGACUGCUGUUCGGACGGCUGGCAUCAGACGUGCUGGAUAAUCGUCCUGUACCUACGGCUGGAGCAAAUGCAGACAAUGGUUUAAUACAGGUUUACCUGGAGCCAGCUACGUUAUUGUAUGUGUUGUGUAUAUAUAAACUCGUACCACGAGGCGCUCUGGUAAGGACGGAUGGAUUAGAAGUCCGACAUCAAAAACGAACCUCUUUGUUGUCGCUUCUCUGCUCGGAGAAUAAACUUUUCCAUUCAUGGAGUAAACGAGACUCCUCCUCCUCCGCGCGGCGCUCGUGUCAUUUCAGUAUAAAAAAGGGCAACGUCCGUAAAAAAAAAGACGCAUUUAAUGUGUUCGUAUGAAUGACCAUUGUAAUGCCAAUAAGAAACAGCUUUUUGAAUGUGUAGUGUGACGCUGCUGUACAGAUAUCAACAGAAAGGGUGACGAUACAACCCAAAUCAACACGCGUUUCCUCUGAGAGCUUUCAGAGUUUCUGUCAGAUAACCACCAACCUCUCGACAAGGUAUACCUCAGUUUCUCAUCCUAAUAAUAAGUUUGUUUUGUAACACUAUAUAAUAUAUAUAUAAAAAAAGAGGCUUUUCGAUGACCUCCAUUAGGCACGGAAGCUUUUUAAAUACGGGGAAAACUUUUUUUAUAUGACAGAUUAUGCCAAGAAACGAUGGCCAUUCAUAAACCAGUGUUCUGCCUUCUUUCUUUUAGUUGUUCUCUGUGUUGCCCUGCUGUUUAAAAUGUGAUUCUUUCAUUUGUUUUGUUUUUUAGCAUUGUGAUCAUUUGUUUGUUAAAACAAAUGUUGACCUUUAUCGAGACCUGUUGAGAAGAAAAAAUCCCUGAAAAUAUGAAUUUUGUGAACAUAAUGCAGAAGCACUUACCAAUAUAGGUUUGCGGUGUCCUCACAACAUUGACUGACGUAUUUGCAUGCCUUGUUUUCUUUUCUUUUUCCUUUUUAAUUUUCUUCGCUUUUCAAACCUUUAUCAUGUGGAGCUUGUGCAUGAGAUCCCAUUAGCAGUCAUGGAAACCCCUUCAUUAUUGGUUAAUCUGAAGUCUUUCCUUUCUUCAGGGCGUCACUCUUUUUGUUUCAUUUCCAAUCUUGGUCUUCUAUGGUCUUCUUGCUGUCCGCUUCUGUUGUGCUGCGCUUGAACCAGUCUACUCAUGAAGCCCGACCGCACGAGUGACACAUCAAACUGGUUUCAGAUCAGCAGCCGGGCGACCUUCUACACACUUCUACAAGAACUGUCUCUCAGUAUGUCUCAGGAAGCGUUUCCCUUUGCUUUGAGCCCUCUGGUGCCAUUCUGGUGACCCUUGUUGUAUUAUGUAUGCAAGGGCCCUUAAUAUAACACCCUGUUAGUGUGGUCAUAUUAUGUGCAAUAACAUCCUAAGCAGGGACUGUUUCACAGCUCACAGGCCACUUCCAGUGUGGUAAAAAUCCAAGCGCCUAGCAGUUUGCUUGGACCAUAAUGUACAUCACAAACUAAAGUCGACGUCAGGCUAUGCAUAUGUUAUGAUGCACGGUUGUCUGAGAGUAUUAAGCUAAUAAUAUGCUGUAAUGGGGACCGAACACAUGCAGUAACUCUUUCAAAAGAACAGCUUCUCUGCUGCUGUUCUUUGGUUUUGUUCACAUCGCACUUGAAUCCAAUUUG